ACUGGUUCCUAACAUGCUAAGUCAUGCUUGAUUUUCAGGUUGGAAAUAUGCCAUUCGGGUCUGAUUUCGGUAAUCAAUCUGGAAAUGCAAUGCAAAUUGAUAGAGGGUCUUCUUGGAUGCCUGGUCCAUCAGAAAAUCUAGUACAGCAUUCUGGUCCUCUGGGACCACAAUCUGUGGUUUCUGUUCUGGUGGGUGCUGCUAAUCAGCCUCUUAGGCCCCCUGCGUUGACGCCAGAGAUGGAGAAGGCACUGCUUCAGCAAGUCAUGAGUCUCACACCAGAGCAGAUAAAUCUUUUGCCUCCGGAACAAAGAAAUCAAGUGCUGCAACUGCAACUGAUGUUGCGUAAAUGAUGUUGUACAUUUACACAAUGUGAUUAGGCAGUCUUAAUCCUUCCAAUUUGGCGUAUAUUCUUCUGUUACCUAUGAUCAUGUUACCUAUGAUCAAAGUGGUUGGCUAGAACUAUGUCAACCCGAACUUUUAUUUCUUUAUCUUCUAGUUAUUUACUAUUCUGCAAAAUUAAGUGAAACUACUAUCUCUUCAUUGUUUCAUGUAUGAAAAGUCUAUAAGUUAAUCUCCUUGGUGCUCUCCGUCA